CACGCACUCCACAACGAAUUAUCGUAACGCCCAGCGACAAUUCGGCGCCAACAGUUUCAAUCCGCUCAAUGAGCUGCUAGAGCCUGCAAACCCCCUCGAUAAAUACUCGCAGCUCAUUCUCCGCCAUGCAGAAGCUCGCCAAGCGGGUCGCCCAGGCCCAGCGCCAGGCUGGCCGACGAGCCCAAAAAGCCGCCAAAUCUGAAGAGAACAACUACAAGCUUCGAAACCGACAAGCCAUGCGAGCGGCUGUCUCUGAGGUCCGACAGAAUCUGCAGGAUGCGCGCCGGGUGAGGCAGGAGGACUGGGCGCUGGGUCCUAUUGCUCCCAAGCGGGAUCUGGGCUUCAAUGGUUAUGGCAUGUUUACGGAGGGUGUACGAACGGAUUGGUCCAACUAUGGUCUUUACAGACCAAGGCCUGAGGUUCUGGCGAAGAGAUGUGCUUGGGCUGGUGGUUUGAAGCAGCUUAACCUUGCUGUUUCAGACCGUGUGGUUAUCAUGGAUGGGCCGGACAAGGGCAAGAUUGAUCGCAUCAAGACGAUCAACCCUCAGGGAGGAUAUGUUACUCUCGAGAACUAUCACCGGGCUAUCUCUGCUGGCAUGUUUGGAAACGACAGUCGCUCUCAGCCUAUGCCCCUCUCGAUCGGUUCUAUUCGUCUCGUCUAUCCUAUCGCCAACCCCGAAACCGGAGUCACAAGAGACGUCAUUAUCAACGAGCUUAAGGCCAUUCCCCCGAACAUGAAGUCCCCCAACAUGAGCUUCGACCGAUGGGAAUACGGGAAUAAGUGGGAUCGAAUUGUCCCUGGAAUCAACGUUGUCAUCCCCUGGCCCGAGGUUGAGGCCCCAGAAUUCGAGACUUUCGACGGUGAUACCAUCCGUGAGACUGUCGACAACCGAACAUUUUACUACAACCUACUCUCCCCUCCCAUGCCCGAGACCGUCAUCGACGAGUUGAGAAAUAAGUUCUCCAAGUUCCGAACACGCCACGAGGAGUGGUACGUGCAGCAGAAGGAGGCCGAGGCAGCAGCAAAGGAAGCCGAAAAGGAGUCUAUCAAGUCCAUGCAGACUCCUCUGCAAGAGUUCCACGAAAUGCAGCGCGAGAAGCGUGCUGCUGAGGGUGAGCCCGAGCUCAGCACAGAGAUGUUGGAGAAGCUUGGUGCUAUUCUUGCUCAAAGGAAAGAGGCUGCUGCUCUCAAGAAGGCUGGUGUGUCAAAGGUGGCGGCUGCAGAUGCUUCGAUACCCCCCUCAACAACAACACCUCCGGCUCAAUGAAUGACAUGAGAAAAAGGGAGGUUGAGAAUUGGAUAGUGGAUGGCGUGCCAGGGGUGGUACGAAUAACGUGUAAUUAUAUCUGUGCAACAAUGUACAUCAUGAAACGUAAAAUAGACACAUGGUCUUGUCUCUUCAUUAGAACUGAGGUCUGGUCUAUAUGUGUAGUCGUCAAGCGGUGAGCUGGUUCUCAUGACCCCCGAGAAGACAAGGCAG